UACAUUCUUCUUCAUUUCUUCCUGACAAUAAAAAAACCCACGUUUUUUUUAGAGAGAGAAAACGAAAAAGAAAAAGAAAGAGAUGGAGAUGUUAAACCAGGGUUUAAUGGAGGGAUUAUCAAGUUCUCAAAUUGGGUUUUACCUAAACUCUACAAAUUUGAAUAACUACUCUCCUCCACCACUUGGUACUAAUCAUCAUCAUCAUCAACAACAACAACAAUCUGAUGAUCUUAAACCCUUGAAUCAUAAUCAUAGUAAUUAUUAUUUACAGUCUUCGUUUACCUUAGAUCAUGUAACAUCUACUCUUACAAAGGCAGCUAGCCGAGAAGAUGAUUAUUUAUCUGUAAAUUAUAACUUAUGCAGGUCGGCGGCGUGGGGAGAAGGGACGAAGGGAUUAUUCCAGUUAGGAGGAAGCAAAAGAAGUUGUAAUGGAGAAGAUGAUUAUCCUAAUUAUGUAGGGGUAUCUGCGGUCAAAAUGAAGAAAAUUAAGGGAAGAAGAAAGGUCAGGGAACCGCGAUUUUGUUUCAAGACCAUGAGUGAUGUGGAUGUGUUAGAUGAUGGUUAUAAAUGGAGGAAAUAUGGUCAGAAAGUUGUCAAGAACACUCUUCACCCUAGGAGUUAUUACCGGUGCACACAAGACAACUGUAGAGUGAAGAAAAGAGUGGAAAGAUUAGCUGAAGAUCCAAGGAUGGUGAUCACAAGUUAUGAAGGCCGACACGUCCAUUCGCCUUCCAACGACCUCGAUGAAUCGCAAGGCGGUACCCAACCCCAGCUUAACAACUUCUUCUGGUGAAUGCUCAUCAUCAAUUCAUCAUAGAUCUAAGCAUAUAUACAUACACUACUCGUCUACUCCUUAAUUAUAAGUAUGAUAAAUUAAUUAACCUUUUUCCCUUAAGAUAUAUUGUUACUACUUAUUAGUCGGUUAAUUAGCUACACUAAAUCAUCGACGAAGCGUACGGUAUUGAGGUGGUGGUGUUGUUUUUAA